UGCAACAUGCAUCGGAUGCCGUUCUGCUUUAAAUAUGGAGCCAAAUUCUAUUUAUAGCAUGAUUGAUUUCCAGGCUCGCACCUUUGUGAUUUCUAGGCGCAGCUCGCAUGCCUGAAGAAAAGAAACCCUAGAAAAAUUGAAGGUUUUCCAAUUUUUCCCCACGUGACAUUUUUUUUUUUUUUCCCUACACGCUACAUUUCUGUACUCGAGAUGAUUAAAGGAUUAAGCGAUUAAGCGUUGCUCGUUGCUCGCUGGUGGAUAUCAUGGCUGCCUGCGUGUUUCGUCGUGCGAUUCCACUUCUGUUCCGUUCUCUCCUUGCUUUCCAUCUAGAUUCUCGGCGUUUUGAGGUCCUCCACAGCAGAAGACACUUUGUGAGCGCAGAAUUUAGCCAUGCUCCUUAUUUAUACUACGCGCUUGUUUAUGAGCAAGAAUAUCGGCGACUGCGCAGGCCUGUGAAGAUGCUGGAGUGUGACUUCUGCCCAUACUCCACGACGGCCAGGCCCAAGUUGGUAUUGCACGUGCGAACGCACACCGGGGAAAAGCCCUUCAAGUGCAAGUAUUGCACCUAUGCGUCCGCACGCAAGGGCCAGCUCAUAGUUCACGAGCGGCAGCACACGGGGGAGAAGCCCUUCAAAUGUGAGACGUGCGGCUACGCCUCCACCAACAGGGGCGACCUCGUCAAGCACCAGCGCCUCCAUACUGGCGAGAAGCCGUUCAGGUGCCAGUAUUGCAACUACAGGUCAACGCAGCGGAGCAACCUGGCCGUUCACGAAGCCAGUCACAGAAGAAAUCUCGAGUUGUAGUCGGACGUCUUGGGUGGUGAUUACUUUGGGAGUGACUCGUAACUGCAACUAGGUACAUUUUUAACAAACUUACUUACGGCAGUGUUUCCCAAACUGUGAGUCGCGAACCCCCGGGAGGGUCGUGACAGAUUCGGCGGGGGAGUCGCGAAAUGGCUCGUCGACUCGAAAAAAAGGGACAGCAAAUGAUGUCCUUAGACCAUGCUCUGCCCACUAUUCUGCGUCACAAAAAAGCUCGUGGUUGUGGACUCCCGAUGUCAAAGAAACAAAGUCACUUUAGUGCUGCCGUGCAAAUAACUUAUGUUUUCUGUUUUUGUUUUAUUUUGUGCAAAGUUUUCUAGCCCAGCUGAUUCACUCUCGACUAUAUUAACUGGCAAAUUAAAUUUCGAUGUCAUUGUUCCGUAAAUGCGCUGAAAUAGAAAUGCUUGUGGCAUUGCAAAAAACCUGGUGAGGAGGGGGUUACAAUGUAAUAUCACAAUGUAGCAGAGUUUGAGAAGCACUGACUUACAGUAAUGAGUAGCUUUUUAGAGAAAGAAACAAAAAUUAGUUGUCACUUUUGGUGAAAUUAGCUGUAAGAUGUAAUUGUAAUUAAAUUACUCGAGCGGUGCCCUAUUUUUCCACACCUCUGCUCCCAAAUGUUGUUUUGUCAUUCUUUAAAACAUUAUAAGAAAUCUCCAGCCGUGCCGUUGAGAGAUUUUUUUUUGUUUUGGGAAGUCAUGUGCUUCCACUAGAGCAAUGGAUGGUUACUGACAAUAACAUUGAGAAACAGCUACCAUUCUUGCAACAAGCAUGCUGUGCAAUUGUGUCUCGACACUACGAGCACCAAAGUAAAGCCAUUUACUUUGCUUUUGUUUCCUAAGACAUAACAACUAAGUUACUUACACUUGGUAGGGCAGCUGUAAAAAAGGGCAAAAAAUUCGGCAAUUGCGACACUGUUGUUAUUUUCGAAAGCCAAUUUUUCUUGCUUACCUCUUUAAAAGUAACUUACAUAAAGUAAAGUUUAUUUAAGCCUUUCUUCCUGCUCUAUUGGCUCACAUUUUGCAAGUGGUUUCCAUAAUUUCUGCUACUGGGUAUACUUCAGCUAUAUCUAAAGGAGGGAAGAAAUGGGAUUUGGUACGCACCAAAUGCCAUUUCCAGAAAAAGAGCUGCAUGAGAUUAAAGAUGACAGAAAAAGACAAUGGGACAUGAAGGCCUAAAACAAACAAAUCAACAUUAAUGUGGGUCAGAACCAUCCCAUGCAUGUUUUGCAUGCAGAGGAGAAUGCACAUGAGCUAUUUGUACGGUGCCCUUAUUAGCUGGGUUACAUGGUAGAAGUUGCUUAGACAAGUCGUUCUCUUCAAGAGAUGUUAAACAUUGGCAGUCACAUUAAUUCAGAAAUAGCACGUAAGAAUGAACUGUGACCGGCAUUCUCAGGUGUACAAAUGAGUACGUGGUAUCUGAAAAAAUAAUGAAUCGAGGACACUUCAGGCCUGUUUAACGAUGUCUCGAGAGACUGCACUUUCUUGUCACUGUUUUCGUCACUACAUGUGGUGUCUUUAUGCCGUAAGUGUUCCGUUCAAACAGAAUAUUGAAAAUUUCCCGUGUGUUGUGAGAUAUGUAUUGUGAGCAAACGAGGCAAAUUGAGCUUCGUAGCAAGCCCAGUGUAGCAUGAACUGAAGUUCUGCAUUGUUGAACUUUUUGGUGCAUGCACUUUCCACACCGGUUGUACCAAAGACGGGGAGAAAGUGCUGGGAGUGGUAAGGCUUGUUCAUAUGUUGUAUUGAUUAACCUGUUUGGCAGUUGUUGAUCUAUUAUAUUGAUGUAUCUUACUUGCGUUACUGUAGCAUGUUGUCAAGUAUAUGACGGAUCUAAAUUAAAGUAGAUGUUAUUUGAAGUGCAUUUGACAUUUUGUAGCCCUUACUUCUGACCUUGUGGUUUUACCUUUUGUACCUUUACUAAAAUAUGUUAGAAUACUCUUUCCUCUGCAGGUGAAUGUUACGGAAUUUACAAAUUUGUGUCAAACAGCAGUGCAUUUAUAAGUAGGGUCCAGCCAGCUCCUUUGGGGUCGGUAUACUGCGUGCCAAUUGUUACACCUGUAAUUUGAAGUUAAACCGAGAAACAGUGUUACCGAAUGAAAGAAAAAGGAAUUUCAUGACUGUGAAUUGAGCGAGUUGGUAAAUAUGUAACAUUAUGAAAACAGCUAAAAAAAAUGCAAGGACUGAGUAGACAGGACAGGAGCAAGUGACAGGGUGCUGUCUACUCCUAUGAGGUCCUAGUGGUUAUUGAGCACUUCUUUCGUUAUGUUAGAGAAUAAAAACUUUAUUUUUUUUUUAAUUCGAGAGGUGAAAAUGAGGGAAAUUAUUAUGUGCUCUAAAUUCAUGCGAAACUCACAGCAUGCUAAUUUCAGGGAGAAAUGGCUCUGUUACUCAAAUUUUAUUGGCCUGGUAGAAACUGUGAUGAAAUUUCGUUUGCUGCCAAACAAGCUACAGGAUUCCUACAGAUAUUUCAGCGAGAGCAAUUUGCCGUGCCCAACAGACCUCGUUGAAGCGCGGGAAGAAGGGAAAAAAUUAUUGCCACAAAAGUGUCGUUAUGACUGCCACUUGUGCCCGUUCUCGUCAAAGUCCAAGUGUGAUCUCAUACGACACGUCAGGACACAUACUGGGGAAAAGCCGUACAAGUGCAGCGAAUGCACCUAUGCAACGGGACGCAAGGACAACUUAGUUUCCCAUAUGCGGGUACAUCUCAAGGAUUUCAGGUGUCAGUUUUGUAACUACACAUUUUCGUCCCAGGCAAGCUUGGAAAGACACAAGCACUUACACGGCUCACUUUGAUACAGACUUGUAAUGGAAUUGUAUGUCACAAAUAGAGCACUGCACAGUCCUCAACAUGAAUCUGUCUGGCUAGAGUCAAGUAGGGAAGUGCCAAGCUCUGGAUUCUCAGCACCUGGUUCAGGCCAGGGUCUGGUAAUACCUUGAAUUGGGUCAAUAAACUCACACCCAUGCAGUACUCUAGUUGCAAAUUGUGUUUUGUAGCACCUUUGGAGCUCUUUUCGGUACAUCUUUGUAGUUGGAGUCUCCUUUGUGCCUCUUGCCUUGGCUAUUGAUCUCUUGGAGUCAAAAUGUUUCUGGUCAUUCGGUGCCUACCUUACUUUUGUGAAAAAGGUUGCCCGUAUUGCCCAUUGUUGCAUAAUAAAACUGGGAAAACCAGCGUGCCGUCAAAACCCCACGUUUUGCAGCUUGCUUUCUGUACAUGCUAGGCAAGGACCAAGUUUACAGACACAGAAACGGCGACUCCACCCAAAAAAUAUGUCAUUCUAUGCUCCACAAUGUUCCGUGUGACGUAACAUUGUGCGUUCCAUGUUCUUUCAUACUAUCUUUAUGUUGUACCACGUGUUGGCAAUGGUCUUUUCAGUCUUACUCAUUACAGUUGCCCUGAACUGACCAUUCGUGUCAUAUAUAAAUAAUAUCAUUAUAUAGUAUAAUGUAAAUACCAUAAGAGGUUCCACCUAUAAGCAGCUAUUCAUAUCCUGCACCAAGGUUUUCAUUGCUCAUCAAGUUCAAUCACUGGAUCACUCGAUCUAGAGUCUCACAUUUCUUGUUCACAUGUACAAAGUAUCCACCAGAUCUGCUCCCAUCAAAACUUAUACAGUGCCUUUCUCAGUCAACUAUAGUGGCAUCACGAGGCUACAGCUUUUUUUUUUUAACUUGUUUUUUUAUCGUUACUUAUCAUAAUGAUCGAUUAAUUUUACAAUAAGUUAUCGCUUAGAGAUUCAUUCCGGUGUGAGAAGAGAACAGACAUCUCCACUGGAGGUAUAAGAGCAGGAAACCCACAAGGGAACAAUGAUGUUUAUGGCCCGGUUUUACCAACGCCGAUUAAAACUUGCACAGAGAUCGACGGCCCCUUAACUCGAAUUUAACGCUUACUACUGAAACAUUCAUCACGUCGCCAACUAGCGUUUGCAAAAAAAAGAGUUGAGCGUUAACUUCAAGUUUUAGCUACGCUCGACCUCGGUUCAAAGUUAACCAGCUUUGGUGAAAACGGGCCUAUGUGUUCUGUCCUGUGCACGUUCUUGCGCAUAGAUACAGGUUUUCGUAGCGCUGACCACAUUUUAUAACGUCGACCAAUCCCAGUAGCACUCGUGAUCGACUAUGUCAUUGUCGUGACUAUAGAUGUCUUAAAAGUUUGCACUGUGUGCUCUGAUGUUGUUCUGUGUCACAUUACAUUAAAAUAUAUUGCAGGCAGGCAAGCAAACAAUAGAGGUGCAGUUUCUACGAAGGAGCGACAUUAUAUCGGCUCAAGCAAGAGGGAUUCCUUCUAUGCAGGCAGUCAGGAGGACGGGAAACAGUACAAGUGCGACGACUGCAGCUAUGUGGCCAAGUUCCGAAGCCACCUGAUUUUGCACCGCAGGAGACACACGGGGGAGAAGCCUUUCAAGUGCGGAUUCUGUAGUUACGCAUCCGCCCACAAGGGGAACUUGAUAGCGCAUGAACGCUCCCAUGCGGGGGAGAAGCCUUACAAAUGCCCCGUGUGCGACUACAGGGCCACCCAUAUGUACACCAUAAAGGUACAUCAGCGCAGGUGGCACAAGUAGCCAAGUUUAUUUCAAACGACCCUGUCUCUGCAUCGUUGUGUGUUCGCUAGCGCAUCUGAACACACCAUAGUCGCUGACCGCGUUACCAGGAGCUGUAGGAGGAACUUUACCAGGGAGGCCACGCCCCCUUUGGGAAGCCUAACUAGCGAAUACUCAAGAUGAACAUUCUGAGGGAUAUCCUAAUUGCCCCGCCUGGCCUUCUGGAGAUGCCGGCACUGCAUGGAGAUCGGCAGCGUAUCAGGUGAUAUUCCAUCUUAUAAGUAGGGCCUGACUUUUUAGGGUUAAACUCGUAUCCGCCCGAUAUUUACCCCCGAACGAAAUCUGUAAAAUUCGGGUUUAACCCGAAUCUACCCGAAAAUAUCCGGGUCGCGUGGCACACUCGUAAGCGUGCUUUAAAAUAAAGUUUGAUAACAUUGCUAAACAUUAGUUCCAUGUUUAAACAAAAAAAAAUCACCCAAAUACACCCUAAUUCCUGACGACAGAAUAUGCCGUAACGGGAUUUAACCCGAAUACACCCGAAUUUUCGAAUGAAAAAUAUCACCCGAUAUUUACCCCCCAAAUUUGGCGAAAAAUAAAACCCGAAAAAGUCAGGCCCUACUUAUAAGGUUCUUAGAGGAUUUUUGAGGAUUCACUUAUGAUCGCUGGUCGCUUCACUAUCCGUCAGACGCAAAACACAUUCCAAACCUAAAAAUAUCUUUUAUUCGCGUAGAGUCGAGACUAGCCGUUAUCUAGUUUACUGAAUGCUGUAGAUGGAAGCAGUUCCCAGGGCAUUUCUGCGCUGCUCCAUUACGCCCUUUUCUUGUAUUCCGAAAGCUGUUACAGCAAUCCUGCAAACUUGAGCGUGCAUCCCCUAUGUUGAUAGACACCUCUGGUAUAUGGAGUGACUGUGCCAUCAGCUUCAGCCAAUCACCGCAGACAUUUUGACGCACGAUUGAGCCAGUUUGAAACACUGAAAGCUUACAGUUACAAGUGGCUUCCCAUGCAGCACGAGGAAGCUACACUUUCUGUGACUGCAGAAAACACGGUUGUAAUUGGAGAUCGUGUCACGUUCGAACUAUGGCCAACUUAGCAUAGUUUGAUCUAGUGUAAGCACAGCACUAUACACAUUGCAAUGGAAGUCCACAGCAUCUUCCUCCCAGGUGGAGAAAAAAUUAUGUUGUUCAGCACUUUGCUGCAAUUUUAUGCUGUAUUGACAAUAAAUGUGUUAGUUAGACCAUA